ACCAAACACAAGAAACAAUCAACUUCAAAACAAAGAAAAUGUUAUCCACAUACGGCAAAGUAGACGAGCGUGAGCAUGCCAUGCUGGAAGCUCGACGCAAGUCGAGGAAGAGAAUCGCAAUCAUCGCCGUAUCACUAGUCGUGCUCGCCGGAAUCGUGUUCGGAGCCGUCUUCGGAACCAUGGCUAACAAGAAGUCAACGACCGCGGAUACCAACGUUAACGGAGACUCAAUCUCGGUCUCCGUUAAAGCCGUUUGCGACGUUACAUUACACAAAGACAAGUGUCUUGAAACGGUCGGAGCGGCUCCAAACGCAAGCAGUCUCAAUCCAGAACAGCUCUUCAUAUACGCGGUCAAAAUCACAAUCGUAGAAGUCUCAAAAGCUCGUAACGCGUUCUCUUCCUCGGGCGGCAACACGAGCAUGAGUGCUUGCGUUGAGCUUCUUGACCUAACGGUAGAUAACCUCAACGACACGUUAACAUCGUCACAAAACGGUGACGUCACGUUACCUGAGCUAGUUGAAGACCUCCGUACAUGGCUGAGCUCAGCGGAGACGUACCAAGACACUUGUGUUGAGACUUUGGCUGAGUUUAACGAACAAGAAUCAAAGACGUUCGGUGAAAGUCAGCUCAAGAACGCAACGGAGAUGACGAGUAACGCCUUAGCGAUCAUUACAUGGCUAGGUAAGAUCGCUGACUCCUUCAAACUACGGAGGCGUCUGCUUAGUGCUGACGUGGCGGUGGACUUUAACGUGGGAAGGAGAUUGUUGCAGAGCACGGAUUUGAGGAAAGUGGCGGAUAUUGUGGUGGCGAAGGAUGGAUCAGGGAAGUAUAGAACGAUAAGUAGGGCUUUAAAGGAUGUGCCUGAGAAGAGUAAGAAGAGGACGGUUAUAUAUGUGAAGAAAGGAGUUUAUUUUGAGAAUGUGAAAGUGGAGAAGAGCAUGUGGAAUGUUGUUGUGGUUGGAGAUGGAGAGAGCAAGAGUAUUGUCUCUAGUAGACUUAAUGUCGUUGAUGGAACUCCCACUUUCCAGAGCGCCACAUUUGCUGUGUUCGGGAAAGGGUUUAUGGCAAGAGACAUGGCCUUCAUCAACACAGCCGGUCCAUCCAAACACCAAGCCGUAGCUCUAAUGGUAAGCGCGGACCUCACCGCCUUUUACCGAUGCACGAUGAAUGCAUACCAAGACACGCUUUACGUGCACGCACAACGCCAAUACUACCGUGAGUGCACCAUAAUCGGAACAGUAGAUUUCAUCUUCGGUAACGCAGCGUCCGUACUACAAAACUGCAAGAUCCUCCCUCGCCGACCAAUGAAGGGACAGAAGAACACAAUCACCGCCCAAGGACGUAAAGAUCCGAACCAGAACACAGGAAUCUCGAUCCACCGUUGCACCAUUUCUCCUCUAGGUGAUCUAACAGGUGUUCAGACGUUUUUAGGCCGGCCGUGGAAGAACUUCUCCACGACGGUGAUAAUGGAUUCGUCUCUACAUAGGUUUAUUGAUCCGAAAGGGUGGUUGCCGUGGGUUGGAGACUCGGCUCCGGAUACUAUAUUUUACGGUGAGUAUAAGAACUUCGGCGCUGGUGCGUCGACGAAGAAUAGAGUUAAGUGGAAGGGGUUGAGGUUUUUAAGUAAGAAGGAAGCGACUAGGUUUACUGUUAAACCGUUCAUCGAUGGACAAAGAUGGCUUCCGACAACGAAAGUGCCGUUCAGGUCUGGUCUCUGAGCUUGUUUUCCGACAAAGAGAUUCCAUUUCAAAUCUCUUUAUUUUUUUUUGGAUGUGUACGUAUUUACAUAUUUUGUUAAAAUGUAAGUGUUUAUUGUUAUUCUGUCGUAUUAUUUGCUUGAUUAAAUUCAAAUUACAUUCGUUAACA